AUUAAUGCACUGGGGGUGCAUGGUUGCCGACCCCAAAAUGGCGGCCACACUGAAACGUCAGCUCCAAUCAAGAGGACCUGGCUGCAGACGGCUGGAGAUGAAGAUUCUCUGGGUGAUUCUAGUGGCUUUCUCUGGACUAAUGGAGACCAUGUCAGAUCGUUUUAAUGUAGUGGGUCCAGCUGCUCCUCUUGUUGUUGAAACUGGUGAAGAUCUGAUUCUGCCCUGUUCUCUUCAGCCCAACAUCAGUGCUGAGGGAAUGAUGGUGGAGUGGCUUAGAACAGAUCUGACUGAUAGACUGGUCCAUCUGUACAAAGAUUAUAAAGACACAAAUGAUGAUCAGAUUAAGACAUACAGAGGGAGAACAACUCUGUUUAAAGAAGAACUGAAGAAAGGAAACACCUCCCUGAAACUGUCAGCACUCCAACCUUCUGAUGAGGGAACUUACAAGUGUUUAAUUACAUCUGAAUCCUGGUAUGAGGACUUUACUCUUCGUGUUGCAAUUAAUGUACAUUUGAAACUAGUUGGUGCAGCUGCUCCUCUUGUUGCUGAAGCUGGAGAAGAUCUGGUUCUGCCCUGUUCUCUCCAACCCAGCAUCAGUGCUGAGGGUAUGAUGGUGGAGUGGAUCAGACAGCAUGAGACAGACAGACAAGUUCAUCUGUAUGAAGAUUAUAAAGACAGAAAUGAAGAACAGAUAGAGUCUUACAGAGGGAGAACAGCUCUGUUUAAAGAAGAACUGAAGAAAGGAAACGCCUCACUGAAACUCUCAGCUCUCCAACCUUCUGAUGAUGGAGCUUACAAGUGUUUAAUUAGAUCAUUUGGCUGGAAUGAUGAUGUGACUCUGUAUGUUGAAGUUAAAGGAAAAGGAUUUCAUGGUUGGAAGAUUGCCAUUAUCUGCAUUUUUGUUUUUGCUGUUAUUUUAACUGCCUUUAUAGCAUACAUCUUAAAAGAUAAAUACUCAAAAAAGCAGCUCUCUCCUACACAGUGCUCAGUUAUAACCUACAUGCGUCUCCACACCGAGAAUCCCCGCAAAGAGCUGGACCUGAGCAAAUUCAACACAUCAGAGGAAGGACACAGGAGACUCAUUCCAGCUGUAUCAAACUGCAGGAAGGCUCAAUUUGCUGGCUGUAAUCUCACUGCUGGCUGCAUUGAAGAGUUAAAUGCAGCUCUAAAAAGAGAAAACUCUUCCCUAAAAGAGCUGGACCUCAGUAACAACAACCUGCAGGAUUCAGGAGUGGAGAAGCUCUCUGAUGGACUAAAGAGUUCACACUGUAAAGUGGAAACACUAAGACUUGCUUUGUGUAAUCUCGAGAAAAAGACGUGUGAAACUCUGGGAGCAGCUUUACUAUCAGAGACCUGGACCCUUAAAGAGCUGGACCUCAGUAAGAAUAACCUGAGGGACUCAGGAAUGAAGCAGCUUUCUGAUGGACUGAAGAGUUCAAACUGUACACUAGGAAUACUGAGAUUAGCCACCUGUAAUUUCACUGGGAAAUCUUGCAAAUUUCUCAUAUCGGCUCUAAAAUCAAAAAUCUCCUCCCUGAAAGAGCUGGAUCUCAGCGGCAAUGAUCUGCAGGGUUCAGGAGUAGAGGAGCUCUUCAUGGAUCCACAAAGUUCACCCUGUAAACUGGAGAUACUCAGGCUAGCUUUGUGUUAUAUUGAAGAAAAGGUUUGUGAAUAUCUGGGAUCAGUUUUAAAUCAGGAAAAUUCCCUGAAAGAGCUGGACCUCAGUAACAAUGACCUGCAGGAUUCAGGAGUGAAGCUUCUCUCUGCUGGACUGAAGAGUUCACACUGUAAACUGGAGAUUCUCAGAUUAUCUGGUUGUAUGAUCACAGAGAAAGGAUGUUCAUCUCUGGCAUCAUGUUUGAGUUCAAGCUCCUCCCACCUGACAGAACUGGAUCUGACCUACAAUAACCCAGGAGAGUCAGGAGUGAAUUUGCUCACCCCACACUGCAUACCCGGCACACUCAGAGUGGAGCAUGGAGGGAACAUCAGAAUGAAAACAGGACUAAAGAAAUACGGCUGUGAUCUCACACUGGAUCCAAACACAGCGCACAGAGCUCUCUCUCUGAGUGAAGAGAACAGGAGGGUGAAGUGUGGAGAGAGGCAGUCGUAUCCUGAUCAUCCAGAGAGAUUUGAUGGGUGGCCGCAGGUUCUGAGUAGAGAGGGAGUUACUGGACGCUGUUACUGGGAGGCUGAGUGGAGCGGAGGAGAACCUGAUGUAGCUCUGAGUUAUAAAACCAUCAGCAGGAAAGGUUCAGACUCUGGGUUUGGAGGGAAUGAAAAGUCCUGGAUUCUGAGGAUCGAUAAUAACAGUUACUCUGUUCAUCACAAUAAUAACAGAACUGAUCUCCCUCCUCCUCCCUCUCCCUCUAACAGAGUAGGAGUGUAUGUGGACUGUCCCGCCGGCACUCUGUCCUUCUACACUAUCUCCUCUCAUACACACACACACUCCUCACACACACCCUCACCCACCCAAACACUCACACACCUACACACAUUCUACACCACAUUCACUGAACCGCUCUAUGCUGGAUUUUAUGUUUAUAUGGGCUCCUCAGUGCGUCUGUGUGAUAUAGAAUAGUGUGUUUGUUUAUGUGUGUGUGAGAAAGAGAUGGAUUGUGAGUGAUGGUGUUUGUGUGAAAGUGUGUAUGUGCUUUUUGUGUGUGUGUGUGUGCGUGUGUGUGUGUGUGUGUGUGUGUGUGUGUGCGUGUGAAAGAGUAUAAGUGUGCAUUAGUAUAUGUCUGAGACUGUGCUUGUGUGAGAAUGUGUGUAAUUGUGUGUGUGUGUGAGUGAGUGUGCAAAUCUUUAUCAUUAUAAUCUACAAUUAAAUUGUUUAUGUAAAUCUAUUGUUUAUGAUUAUGAGUUUUAUAUUAUUGGUA